GGUUUAUCUUCCAUUUCAGUGGAGGCUGCACAAUGAAUGAAAAUUGCGUGUGAAACUUGACAUUGUAACUCUGCACUAAUUUAAAAACUCGGCUAGGAAUUAAAAAAGUGAUUUGAGACGAAACGUAAAAAUACAGUCUAUUUUUCUACAUUAUUACUACAGUGUGCGGUAAUUAUAUACUUUCGAAGUGGGAAGUGAACUCAUUGUUUUGGUUGUACCCUGAUAAUGUUUGAGAUAUAAAAGUGAAUAAGACUUGCAGAAAAAAGAUAGAGUGUAACUAAUAUGCCGGGAGGAAAUCAGUACAAUUUCUUGUACCGACGCCGUCGCAAUGAACAUCUCGUGAGAAAUAACGUUCGUUUUAAACAGUAGUUGUGCAUCAGACUAUGUACUGUGUGUGUGUGUUAGUUACGCAUCCCAGAAUGAUUUAGUGCCAAAGUGCAUGUGGACAUGAGCCUUUCACGAAGUAAUGCCCAAAUUUUGGACGGUUUUGAAGGAUCUCACAGAUACGUUUUCCAGAGGUUUGUUUAUGGACCUCUGAGAGACCAAAUCCAGUGUUUGGCAGACGCCCACCGAUGAUGAAUGCAUUUCUUGUUGUUUAACACUAAUAAAUUGUUUUCCGGUGGUAUGCAGAAGCAAUCCGACGGCUAUGUAAUUGAUCAGCACCAGGGAUUUUUUAGCUUGUAAAUUGAUCCAUAGUGAGGAGAUCCUCCAGAAUGUAGAACGUGUCAGAAGAACAAGAAUACACAAUAUAUAUUUCCAAUGAAUACAAGUAUGCUAAUGAGCCUUCCAAAGAUCCCAAGUGGAAUGAUCGUCAUGGAUGUAGAAUGAGUUGAAAAAAAAAAUUUAAACAUAUUUUUGUGUAUGAGGUGAUGGCAGAAUUUUAAGCUUCGUGGCAGAUCAUUUCUGAUAUGAUGGAUGGUGAAAGUCUGGAUGCACAGCAAAGUAGCCACAGAGAGUUAAUGGCCUCUUUAGAAUCACGCAAGAAUUCAAUAGAGCUGAAACUGCAGGACUGCACUCAAGAAUUGAAGGAGCUGUGUAUUAAAGAAGCUGAACUAACAGGAGUUCUUCCUCCUGAGAUACCAUUAGAACCAGGCGAGUCUCCUCCACAGUUUCGCAAGCGUGUGGGCACAGCUUUCCAGUACCCAGAAAACUUAAUAAAUGGAUGCAAGAUAUCAAAGUCAAAAGAAGAAGAAACCAUUGAUACCUUGGAACUGGCACUGAAGAUUCAGACAGGUAUUGUGGAAGUGGCACUCGGUCUAGCAAAUGACCCCAAUGCAAGUAAAGCAGUACGCCGUAAGCGUAGACAAGACUACCAACUUGCAUAUGAACGUCUUCAGGAACUGAAGGCACAACUGGCUAACUGCCGUCAGGCACACAAGACACUGAAGCAAAGAAAAAAGCCACGACCACCACUUGACUGUGAAAUAGGCACCAGCACAUUGCCAAUCCAGAAGGCAGAAAAUGAAACAGAUCCACGAUGCCCAAAUUAUUGGCACCAAACUCAUGAUGAUACAGUUGAUGGUGUAGCUUUAUUCAGACAUUCUGCUGCCCAAAAUGUUUUUUUGAGGCACCCGCAGGAUGCAAAAGCUGUUUACACCCUUCAGCACCACAGGCAUGGGUACUAUCAGUCACAUUUCGUACCGGGCCAAUAUGGAGGACAUCACUAUCCAACACUUGCUUCAUGUGCCCAUCCAGAGUUGGAACGUAUGGGAUACUGGACACACCAUGAUCAUAGUCCAGUUUCAGUAAACAGGAUACAUGAUGUCCCAGAUCAAGAAAAAUCUUGGUACUCUUCGACUCAUCAUCCAGUUCGUGGGGUCUCGUCUGAAUGUAUUGAGUCACAGCAUGAUCGUGAAUGGUUUGGAAGUCUAGAUAGAAGAAAGGUGGUUGGCUCAACUCAGAGUGAUGCUGAUUAUAGCUCAGACCCAAGGUGCACAGACAGAAAUAAUGGAUACUGUCUCGUUCCACCGCACGGACAUUUCACACACAAAGUGUCAUUGCCUCAAACACUGCUCCCAAAUCAGAUGUACCCUGAAGCUGCGAGCAUCGAUUCCCACGGUUUAGUGCGUGCACACUCUCUUGACAGUGUCGGACAACAACAUAGUGGAGUGGAUCACUGUUCUAGCAACAGAAAGCCCAAAGAGAAGGAGUGGUACGAAACAUCAUUAGAUUCAACACCUCGACGCACGAAGCUCAUUUCUCAGCGACACGGUAGCCCCAUUUCUCAGCGACACGGUAGCCCCAUUUCUCAGCAACACGGUAGCCCCGUUUCUCAGAGGCACGGUAGCCCCAUUUCUCAGCGACACGGUAGCCCCUCUGUAAUUAGGACAGGAGGAACUACAGUGAAAAUGAUGAGUGAAGAUAUAGAUGUCAUUUCCCGUGACCCAUCUGCUCUCAAAAAGUGUGAAGUGAGCGCCGAAGUUUGUAAUAAUGAUGUGUCACAUAAUGGAGAAAUAUCCGUACCUAUUAGCGUUCGUGGCUUGUUGUCUUCGCCUGUGUCUGCCACUUUAGAUGGUGCACGUUCCGAAGGUAGUGAUACUUCUGUUACUACAAUGACUGCAAAUACUGCUACUACACCCACAAUGCUCACUGUAGGUAGCUUCGAUACAAUUGUUCCUUUUGAAUCCCCAAAGAAUCAUACUGUAGUUCAAGCUGGUAUGUGGCAGCCAUACCGUGAAGUGACAAAGCCAUUUGAAAUGUCAGAUUUUUAUAAGUACAGUACAAAAUUCCGCAAAGCAGCAAGUAAUACUUGUCAACAGCCUCAGGCCUCACCCCAGCAAAAAGGAAUAUAUCAGCCUCUGCAGCCCAUGACAUGUAAACCUUUGGAUCCUGCUGCAUCGGAUGAAUUAAGGGUCCAGGAUGCAUCCCCAAAUACUUCAGUUAAAGAUACUGUAACUCCAGAGUCAGUUGGAGACACAUUCUCAAAUGAAAUGUUGGCAUGGUAUCAAGAUCAGAAUGUUCCUCGAUCUGCAACGUUGGUGUGAUAAAUACUAGUUUCCAUGAUGCGAGGAGCUUACCGUGGAAUACCUAAAGGCGUGAAGAAUUUGUAAACAAUUAUGACAGUGUGAUUUGAGAAAUGUACAGUCGAUUGUGAUGAAGUUAACGAGUCCGUGUACUCCCCGUCUUCAAUAAUGUGCCCCCGCCCCCACCUGGCCAUGUGGCCACACUGACCAAAAUGAUUUUGUGUAACACAUAGUGCCUUAUAUGUUUAUGAAAUUGUAAUUUUUUAAGAAAUGUUGAUUUAGUGCAACAAUCCCCGUGUUUGAGUACAAUUGAUGCCUUAAAAGUGUGAUAUUUAAGUGAAUGAAACAUAAUUUUAGGAAUAUUUUGAUGAAAUCAGUAUGACUGAUGUUUUAUUUGAGAUGAAUUUUCACCUAAGAUGUGUGUGGGAACUUCGAUCUCUCUCUCUCUGUCUCUGCCUGCCCCCUCCCCUUAUAUAUAGAAAUGGCACAUAAAACCAGACGUGGAACAAGAUUGAACAGUUUUGUGAACCAGAAAUUUCCAAUUUUCAUAUAGUUGAAGCAAAUUAUACAGUACCAUGUGUCAAAUUAAACAGCAACCUCAUCAACAAUGUCCACCUCUGUGUAACUAAUGGAGGCUGUUACUGCUUGGACUUAAAAUAUACAGGGUGGCCCUAAUAGAGCUG